UAAUCACGUCGUUCGAAAAAACUCUGUUCUUAUAUAAAGAAUAUGUGUUUAUUAAAAUAAAAAAUUCACGUUUUCUCGGCCUAAAUACAAAUUCUUUGAUAGUCAAUCUCACGUUUGCGUGAUUUCGCUCAAUUGCUCUUUCCGUAACAAUCAGUGCUAGAAUAAAAAUAAUUAUAUGACGGAAUCAAAAAAACCUCUCUCUCUUUUUUGCUUCCACACCUAAAACCUGAUACUUUGAAGGUUUUUUCUGCAAACCUCAAUAACCAAUACCAAAAAUAAGCCAUGAAUUCUUCUUCUUUAAUUGGCUAAGCUCUUGUCCUUCGGCCCCAGAUCUCAUGAAGUAAUCACCAAUGUGUAUAAGUGUUGAUUUUUUAUAUGGAUGGUAAAUUUGAAGACAUUACUGAUAAUAUGCUGCUGUUGCUGCCUCUUUCGUUAAAAUCUAUGUCCCACUACAACCUCAAUCAUCUGAUUUGCUAAUUGAAUGAUAAAAAGAAGGUUUUUCUGAAGAUUUGUUGUUGCCUAUGCCUGAAUCGAUGUUCUUACAUGUCCCACAUCAAGCUCAUUCAACCAGAAGACCAGCGUUCUCGAUUUCUCUUACUUGCGAUUCAAUUCAAGCAUCAUACAAAGAAUUUGGACCUGGGUCAAAAAAGAUGUAUCUCAAUCGAUCUGUUGAAGACGGAUUUGCUAACCCAAUUCCGAGGUAUUACUUUUCUUCUCUCUAUCAGAUUUCAUCAGACCUCUCUAGCAAUAAGAGAUCUUAAUUUAUUCAGGGUUCCAAACUUAGUGUUCUAGGUGGAACCAUAUCAUACACUCGCCGUUUCCAUAAGCUAAUUAGAUUUAUCUGCUGCUGUAACCAUUUCAAAACCCAAAUUAUUACACAACUCGGUUCUCCGCGCUUCCUUAUUCAAACACUCAACCAAAACCUAGUUUUUCUUAGAUUGUAAUCAUUAUGCCUCUCCUAUUAGUUUGUGCUCUCAAUUAUAAAUUGAUCUAUUACUGCUCAGUUGUAUGCAUCUUUGUAAACUUGUUUUCUCUAGUUCCCCUGCUUGUAGUUUUAUCUAGCUCUCUGCAUUGUCUGUGUGUUCCUGUAAGUUCUGCUAGUGUAACUGUUUUUUUUCCAUGUCUAACCGUUGGAAAGGUGGAAGUUAAGUUUAAUAAUAACCAUGUUAAUUGGGAACAUAAGCUUGUUGUUGGUUUUUUCACCAGAUUGAACAAGAAAUCUUAUGAUGUGAGAUGUGCUUUAAGUUAUAGGUGGUUUGUUGAAGGUGGAUUUACUGUUAGUAGAUUUAGUCAAUUCUAUUAUCUCAUUAAGUUUGAGUAUCAUCAUGAAAAUGGUAAGAGUGCUUGAGUAGAUGACUAGAAUCAUUUAUGGAGAUAUUUUCAUGUUACAUCCCUGGAAUCCAUAUCUGAACCCAGAAACUUUCUCCCUAGAUUGUGAAAACUUUGAAAUUAUUGUGCAUAAUCUUCUUCCUGAGCAAACCCAAUACCCACACCUCAAAAAGUACUUCUGUGUUAGGAGAGCUUAUCGAUUACGAUAAUCCAGUCCCAUCUCAUUCUGAUUACAGCAGUAUGUAUAUCAAGUUAAGAAUCAAUCUAUUUCAGCCUUUAGUUUAUGGCACGCGAGCCCCAAACAACGAGAAUGGUGUUAAUUGGAUUGCCUUCCAAUUCCUUGAACUUCCGAGACUAGUGUGCAACUACUACCACAGAUUGGGUCACCUAACUGAUGAUUGUAUAGAGAUAUAUCUACUCAAUCAUCGUAGAAGGCACUCUCCACCACCAUUUCAGCUUGCACCCCAUCUGAGAUUGAUUUCUCCUCCUGCUCCUCCACCUUCUCCAGAAAACAAUUAUUCGGAAGAGGAGAGAUUUAAUGUUGAUGUGGAAGACCCGGAUCCUGAAUGGAAUGAUUGGAGCCUUGAAGUUCAUCCGUCUCCCAUCUCAUCAAGUCAAGAACAAUCUGCACUGUCUUUUUCUGGAGCAGAACAAGCAUAUAGGGGUUAUAACCAAGAUGGCUUCAAUUCAUAUAUGGCGUCUAGCUCAGAAACAACCAAUUCAGAUGAUUUCUAUGGUUGGAUGAGAAACUACCAAGCCCACACAACUCAGGAAAGGGAAAGAAACAUGGCAGCAAGUACCGACGAGGAAGAUAUAAAUAUGCACGAUUCAGUUCAGCAACCAGCUGAGGCUGCAUCACAACAACACCAGAUUCGGCAGAGCCGUAUCAACGUCCUAACUUCAGACAUAGAAGCGGAUUUUGAUCUAGUUUCCGAUGAUUCUUCAAGUUCUACAAAUAGACCUACUAGGCCUAGUCACAAGAGGGCUAAUCCUGAGCAGCAAGCAUAUUUUCAAUCCUCUGGCAUUGGGACCUCAUCUGCAUCAAUCAUAUCAAGAAGAAUAGUUAGCGAGGAACUGAAUCAGUGGACAUCUCAACUGCCUCCUGCAAAAAGAUACAAAGCAGCGGCAGCUGAACCUUCCACCGCCAAUAUCUCCAUCAACACUAAUAGCAGUAGCAGCAAUAACACCAACGUCAACAUCUUCUGAGGAUUCGGUUAAAGUAUGUCAAAAUCCAUCCAUCGCAAUUCACACUACAAUACACAAAAGUGAUGCAACAUUUCUGGGGCCGGUGGAUCUCUACCAAGACACUGGGGUGGACCUUUUUUUUUCCUCUCUCCUACCCCUUAGCUCUGCAAAUCGGUGAAUUUACUGAGUUAGCACAGUUUUCGAAAUUUUCAAUUUCCCUCUCCAAUGGCAGAAGUGAUUCAUCUCUAAUAGAUCCCUAGUCUUUAAUUUUCUCCUCUACUCUGUUUUAUCUUGAUUUCUCUUGGGUUCUGGAUAUUUAUUGAUUAAGAUCUUAAAUUUUUUGAUUUUAUUUUUUAAAAUUGUCUUUCUAAUUUUCUUUCCCCUUUGUGUUUCCAGAUUUUCUUGUCCCAAUAAUGACGUUUGCCGGGUAUCUAGUGUUGAUUAUUGCGUUUGCAGCUGUUGUAUUAUUGCUUGUUAAAGCAUCAGUUCCAUCUGAGUUCACCACCAUUGUUAGCUUAUUCACAGGGAAAGUUUUCAUCUUCCCCGAUCCAAAAAGAGUUCUACCCAACCAGGUUAUGCGCACGUGCAAAAGACAUAAAGGCCGUUUGAGUGAAAUCAAAUUAGCCCUCUUGUUACUCUGGUCAACAACAGCUCACCAACUUACCUUUUCUGCUGCAAUUGAUUCCAAAAAUCUCUCGGUGGUUAAUGAGAGAAAAUGUUAUACUUAUCCUAUUAGUCGAAACCCUAAUUCGAAUUCUACUUAUACUCACCCCUGUAUUCUGAAUCGCUCCAAACCUAAAACUCUAUUGAGAGGAAGAUACCAAAUGGAGGAAAUUCAUUCAAAUGCCUAAGAAGGUCAAAAAUCCAAUAAUGCAGUGUCAGAAUUAGCUCUGAGAUUCAGGAAAACAACUCUUGAAUUGAAAUCUGCUGAUGAAGUUGUUCUUAACAACCAGGAAAAUUCUGUCUCAAAUGAUGAAGCAAAGAAUGGUGAGUGGGAUUGUUGUUUGAUAGGGAAGAUAAUAAGUGAAGACAAAGUGACUUAUGGUGAAGUGGAAAAGAAUAUCCAAUUCAUGUGUCCUUUCAUUCCUGCUGAAGAAUUAAAAGUAAUUGAAAUUGAUCUUAAUGUUCUAAUCUUCAAGCUAAAGAACCAGGAUGCAGUGGAUAAGGUGAUUGAGGAAGGUCCAUGGAAUAUUGAUGGCAAGUUAUGCAUUCUUUAUGACUACUUUCUGGGUCUAAUCCACCAAGACUUAGACUGGAGCAAGCAAGUGUAUUGGAUCCAGCUUAAAUUCUUACAACCAGAGCACAUGAAUGUGAAGUCAGUUGAAGAAAUGGGUAAACUAUUGGGAGAAGUGCUAGCUAUUGAGCCAAAAAAAUUUAUACCUGAAGAUGGUGUCACAGUGAAGGUUUGUGUAAGGAUUGAUCUCAAGACUCCACUAAGAAGGGGGGUACUAGUAAUUACUGCUGCUGGCUCUACUAAAUGGGUUAGGUUUUUUUAUGAGAAACAACCUAGCAAAAUAUUCAGGGAGUGCUUCAUGAUAAAUCACUGCAAUGGAGUUUGUAAGGAUGUUGCAGAUUAUAUUAAAGCUGCACAUGAAAAAUCAUUGCCUUUUGGAGGGGUAGGAGUCAUUAAGAAGAGUAUGACUGUGCGCUCUUCAACAAGUAAUACUCCUAAACCUUCAGUAAGGAGAAGUGCUAAAGUUGCUCCUUUUGUGCCUCCAGUUGAUGGCAAGAUAAUGGUUGCUCAGAUCAUAGCUGAAGUUGAAGAUGAGGGUGGUAGAUUGGGGAAGAGACAAAGAUUUGUAAAGGAAGGAGAGGGUCAAAGUAACAAUGAUGUGAACUCAGAUGAACUAGCAACAGCUAGAAUCACACAAAUGGGCAAGCAAUCUGGAAGCACUACAUGGGAGCUUCAGGAAUAUGCAAUGGUGUGCGAUGUAUCCCAGUCAAAGCAUUAGAUGCGGAAUAAGAUGAGGCAUUGGGAGCUUUGGAAGCGGUAUUAUGGGCUAAAGAAAAGGGAAUUAGAAGGGUUCAUCUGGAAGGGGACUGUGUGAGUGUGGUGAAUGCCAUCCAAGGUUCCAAAACCUCAGUAAAGUGGACAACCAAUAAUGUUAUCCAAGACAUUCUUUUUAUUUUAUCCGGUUUUGAUCAAUGGGAAUGUAGUUAUGUUAAAAAAGAUGCAAAUAGCAUUGCUAAUGAUCUAGCAAAGUAUGUAAAAUCUCGAAUAAGCUCUGUAGAAUGGAGUUUAAAUUGGCCUACUUGGAUCAAUACUCUGAUCCUAAGUGACCUGAACAAUGUUUUAGUUUAAUUCCUUAUUAAUAAAAUCCUCUUUCUU